AGCACGCAUAAUAGCUUCACAGCUUCCGAUCCUCACUUUAUCUCUCUUAUCUCACCUUUCCAGCUUUCCUCUUUCUAUUCGUUUUCUGCACCCAUGAGUUCCAACUCCACUACCACAAAUAACAGCAGCUCUGGCACCCAGAGCACUCUCUCUGUCGAUGCUGGAGACUCCAAUCUCAUCACUAUCAACCCUGCUGCUCAGCUUUCUUUGAAGCUCACGACGACCAACUUUCCCUCCUGGAGAGCCCAAAUCUUCACUCUUCUCAUGGGGCUCGAUUUUCUUGGUUAUCCCGAUGGCACUCUUGCUGCCCCAUCCAAAACUAUUGGUGACGCUCCCAACCCAGCUUACAAUCCAUGGUUUCGUCCGGAUAAGUUGCUCCUCCAUGCUAUUUUUGCCUUUGUUUCAGAAUCUAUUUUAUCUUAUAUUGUUGUUGUUGUCACCGCAAACGAGGCAUGGGUUAUCUUGGAGAAGAUGUUUGCUAAUAGAUUUCGUUCUCGACUGAUGAUGCAAAAGAAUGAUCAGAGUGUUGCGACCAAUCUUCAGAAGAUAAAGAAUCUCGCGGCAGAACUUUCUUUGGUUCAGUGUCCUGUUCCUGAAGAAGAUCUUGUUAUCCAUGUUCUUCGUGGCUUGGGUCCAGAAUACAAGGAAUUUUUCAGCUGCCAUUAGAGCUCGUGAUUCCUCCAUUAAUAUUAAAGAUCUCCAUGACAAGAUGCUGGAAUUUGAAGCUGAUAUUGCCACUAUUCGUCCUCGCUCUACUGCAUCUCCGACCACUACGCACAAUACUCAGCGCAAUCAUCGUGUUAUCGACGUUGGCCGUGGACGUCGAGACAAUAGGGACAGCCGCAGCCUUCUUCCUUCGCCUGUUCUUGCGCCACUUCCCUCUCCGGCUGACAAUAGUCGUUGCUCUCGGUCUUUCCUUAUCUGCCAAUUCUGUGACAAACCUGGUCAUACCGCCAAGAAGUGUUUCCGUAUCAAUCCUCAACCAUGUCAAGCUCAUUAUACUGUUGUUCCUGCCGCUCCACCACCUCCUCCAUCAUCUUGGCUAGUUGACAGUGCUUCCACCAAUCAUGUCACCUCUGAUCUUGGCGAUUUGGCGCUCUAUUCUGACUAGCGCAGCCCAGACAAGAUCCUCGUUGGUGAUGGACAAGGAUCUAAGCACGGGGGCUACACUUCUGAAAGGCCGGAAUAAAGGAAACGUUUAUGAGUUGUCGAGGGAUCUUCGAGAGAUGCGUCUCGCCCUUGUCUCAACUCGUGUCACUCCCAACUUAUGGCAUCGUCGACUUGGCCAUGCUAAUUCCAAGACACUCUCUCAACUCCUUCAUUCUCAUGUUUUACCUUUUCAAUCCAUCCAGUUGGUUUCUCCUUGCAAUUCUUGUUUUAUCCACAAGAGUCAUAAAUUCUCGUUUCAUAUUUCUAGCUUAACUAGUAGUCGGCCUCUCGAUCUCUUGUAUUCCGAUGUUUGGGGUUCUGCCCCUAUUAUUUCUAUGGAAAGAUUUUCUUAUUA